AUGGAGGCAAGCAGCCAGAAUUACGGUUCAUUACCCCGAGGUAGUGAAUCAGAGUUCAGAGGAAGAAAUGAGAAAAGAGCCAAGGUGCUGCCUGCCCUCAUCUUGACUUGCUCACUGGCUGUUUGCGUCUUAAUUUAUAUCUCAUACACUCAACCGCCGAGUACUCGAAGCGAUGCGCUGGUGUCAUCGACUAAGCGUGGCAAGAAUCAGCUUUCAGCAAUUUCCGGAUUGAAAUUGGGCAGCCAAGCGCUGGCUCAGAAAUUCGCAAGGCAGUGUCCUUGCGCUAUUGCUGGCGAUACCUUUUUAUCUUCCCAGAUCCUUGCAGAAUGCCCUUGCGCAUCAGCAAUCGCAGCAGCAGUGUCAAGAGCUUUGGACAACGCCCUCAGCAAAAGCAGCGCCAACAACUAUGCUUAUGCUAGGUCAUCUCCUGGUGUCAUUCCUCAGCCACUGGAGGUGGAUGUUGCAAACCCAGCAUACCCACCGAAUCCCUCUCCUAUCCCUAUUCCUCAACAGCCCGCAGAAGAGCCUGAGGAGAGGGAGGACCCAACCCCCGCUGAAGCAGCUGCGGGCAAGGAUGCGACCUAUCAGAGCGUGAUGGCAACUCUUACCCGGGACGUGGUGGCGGAUUCGAACAUGAUUCGCGAUUUGCAGUCUGAACAACAAAUCCUCUUGUCACAGCAGAACUCUCUUGCCAACCAAGUUGACACCUUCCAAGCCAUUCCAGGCCCCGUUGGCCCUCCGGGGCCACGAGGGUUUCGCGGUCCACCAGGAAUACCCGCUGUGGGUAGACCUGGACCUCCUGGACCACCAGGCUCAUCAGAAGGAGGCAAUGAGGAGGAAUCGAAGAGCGAAGGGGGAGACGAAGAAAAAGCUGUGGAGGGGGAGAAAGAUGCAAACAUUUUGGGCAGUGACGGCAAGAGUUUGCUAAAUAUUCGUUGCGCGGACUGGAGAAACCAACGUGGAAGUUUUGCUCCCGGCAAACAAAAGGAAUACUAUGCCAAGUGCAUGAGUCAAGAUUGUGUACAAAGUUUGGAAUCCGGUCAAGAAACACCUGGAUGCAGAUUUCUUGAUGCAAACGGUUUUUGCUAUGCAUACAGCUCUGCACAGAUGUGGUGCUCUAAGAAUGUUGGAAACUCCUACUGCAAUGAUGGAGGUGAAAAUUGGGCACAAAAGCCCUUGGGUAGCGUGGACUCAGUGGCAGAGACAAACUGGACGCCACAUUCCAAUGUCAAGGUAUAUGACGGAGAUACACCGACGGGGGAGACAUACAACUGUCAAUGCAUGAAGCGUUGUUCGUGCACUUCAAGCAAGUGCUAUUGUGUGGAUCCCAAUCAAGCUCCGGUUGGCAAAGGAUCGGAAUACGACAAGCUAAUUGCAAAGAAGAUUGCUGAGGACUCCGAGAAGGGGUCAUUUUGCUCUUGUUCUUGCGGAGGGACUCUGUCUUAA